AUGCCCUAUAUUUUAAGGGCGUUACAGCAGCAUAUGCUAAGUUCAAGCGCUGCAGGGUCAUUGUCAUGUGCUUCAAAGAUUUCGACUAGGAAAUUGCGUCAGAUUCCGGUGACGGCGAAAGGCGGACAAGCACCAGGCAUGGCGAUCUCCGAUGGUCAACAUCAACAGAACAAGUGGAGGCUCUGCCCGAUUUGGCAAUCAGCGACGGCCUCUUCCUCCUCUUCUACUCAGAAUCUUCACAACAACUCGCAGAAUAACUACCACCACAACGGCGUCUCUUCUGAUGACCGCUCUGCCUCCACCGUAUCCUCAGUCGCCAGAUCGAUUCUCCCCGCUCGACGUCGACUACGUUUCGAUCCUUCUAAUAAUCUCUACUUUCCUUAUGAGCCAGGAAAGCAGGCUAGAAGCGCCGUUAGGAUUAAGAAUUCCAGCAAGUCUUACGUUGCUUUCAAGUUUCAAACUACUGCACCAAAAAGUUGUUAUAUGCGACCCCCUGGAGGUAUCCUUGCUCCUGGAGAAAGCCUCAUUGCUACUGUGUUCAAGUUUGUGGAGCACCCAGAGAACAGUGAAAAGUCUAUAGGUCAGAAGAGUAAGGUCAAGUUCAAGAUCAUGAGUCUGAAGGUGAAAGACGGCAUGGAUUACGUGCCUGAGUUGUUUGAUGAACAAAGGGAUCAGGUAACUGUUGAGCGUGUAUUGCGAGUUGUCUUCUUGGAUCCAGGACGCCCUAGUCCUGCACUAGAAAAACUAAAGCGUCAAUUGGCUGAAGCUGAUAUUGCCACGGAAGCACGCAAGAAGCUUCCGGUUGAUGCAGGUCCACUAGUCGUUGGAGAAGGUUUUGUGAUAGAUGAAUGGAAAGAGCGACGGGAGAAAUAUCUUGCUCGGCAGCAGGUUGAGGCAGUGGAUUCGGUGUAA